UACUUUUAUUUCAGUCCAUAAACAAAACUUGAGAGAAUACAUUCAAAGUGUGUAAGCAAAUUAAAAAAAAGAAAAUGAUGUCCACUAAUAGUAGUGAUCGACAGGCAAAAUUAAUAGCAUUUGAUGAAACAAAGUUAGGAGUUAAGGGAAUCAUUGAUGCUGGUGUUACAACUAUUCCCUCCAUCUUCAUUCAUCCAAUUUCUAAUCGAUCUCUACCUCAAAAAUCCAACACUACUGAUGAUGAUAAUGCUAGGUUACGUUUCCCAAUCAUUGAUCUUCGUGAGAGCGGAAAUGAUUUGAAUCUUAGGAAGAAGGCAGUUGAGGAGAUUCGAGAAGCAUCAGAGACAUGGGGAUUCUUCCAAGUGAUGAAUCAUGGGAUAUCAAACAUGGUUUUGGAGGAGACACUUAAAGGAGUGAAAGAUUUUUUUGAGCUAGAUAAUGAAGUGAAAAAAUGUUACUAUUCAAGGGAUUAUGCUAAUAAAAGGUUCACUUAUCAUAGCAACGCUGAUCUCUUUACUGGACCUGCAACUAAUUGGAGAGACACUUUUGGUUGUACGAUGGUUCCUAAUCCUCCUCAUCCUAAUGAGUUGCCUCCCCCUUGCAGGGAGGUACUGAUAGAGUAUUCAAGUCAAGUAAUGAAGCUUGGUAAAAGGUUGUUUGAGCUAUUAUCAGAGGCACUUGGAUUACAACAAAGCCAUUUAAACGACAUGGGUUGUAUUGAAGGGCUAAACGUUUCAGGUCAUUAUUAUCCAGCUUGUCCACAACCUGAAUUGACAAUGGGUACCUCAAAACAUGCCGAUAGCGUCUUCUUGACUAUUUUGUUGCAAGACCAAAUUGGUGGUCUCCAAGUUCUUCAUAAGAAUCAAUGGGUUGAUGUUCCUCCUACUCCUGGGGCUUUAGUGAUUAAUAUAGGUGACCAUUUACAGCUAGCAACCAAUGACAAAUUCAAAAGUGUGGAGCACAGAGUACUAGCUAACUACAGAGGACCAAGAAUUUCAGUGGCAUCUUUUUUCAGCACGUUUUUUCAAGAGUCAUCUACAAGGUUCGGUCCCAUCAAAGAAUUACUAUCCGAUGAAAAUCCUCAAAAAUAUCGUGAGAUCACAGUAAAAGAGUAUGCUGCUUACUCCAUUAAAAAAGGGCUCGAUGGCACCUCUGCCCUCUCACAUUUCAGGAUUUGAUUUAAAGUCAAGUACAUUUUAAGUCAACCCCUUGACAUGGAUUUGAGUUCAAUUGGUUUUAACACGAUAUUAUUUGCUACAUACUGGUGUUUUGUUAUGUUUAUUUAAUGUAAUUACACGAUGAUCGAUUUUACCAUGGCUCGCCUUAAGCAUGGGUGAAUAAGGAGUCUUUGUACUUCCGACUUGUUUUAAGUUUGUUUCUCUUAUAAGUAAGUGAUAAUAAAUAUAAGUGUUUAUGUGUGGUUUUAUGUAAA